GCAAGGCGGAGCCGCGAGGGUCCGCGGGUCCUGCGGCGGUCCCAGUAGCCCCAGCGCAGGUAACCUGGACGCCAGCUGCCUCCGGCCCGCACCAUGACCCAGCCAGUGCCCCGAAUCUCUGUGCCCGCUGCGGUCGCCCUGGGCUCGGCCGCACUGGGCGCUGCCUUCGCCAGCGGCCUCUUCUUGGGGAGAUGGUUCCCUCCUUGGCGAUCCCGGCGAGAGAAGCGCCUGCUGCCCCCUGAGGACAGCCCCCUGUGGCAGUAUCUGCUGAGCCGUUCCAUGCGGGAGCACCCGGCGCUGCGGAGCCUGCGGCUGCUGACCCUGGAGCAGCCGCAGGGGGAUUCCAUGAUGACCCGUGAGCAGGCCCAGCUCUUGGCCAACCUGGCUCGCCUCAUCAAGGCUAAGAAGGCACUGGACCUGGGCACUUUCACAGGCUACUCAGCCCUAGCGUUGGCCUUGGCCCUUCCCCCGGCCGGGUGCGUGGUGACCUGCGAGGUGGACGCAGGGCCCCCCGAGCUGGGGCGUCCCCUGUGGAGGCAGGCUGAAGAGGAGCACAAAAUCGACCUUCGGUUGAAGCCCGCCCUGGAGACCCUGGACGAGCUCCUGGCCGCGGGUGAGGCCGGCACCUUCGACGUCGCUGUGGUGGACGCGGAUAAGGAAAACUGCACCGCCUACUAUGAGCGGUGUCUGCAGCUGCUGCGGCCCGGAGGUGUCCUCGCUGUGCUCAGUGUCCUGUGUCAGGGAGAGGUGUUGCAGCCUAAACCACAGGACAAGGCGGUCCAGUGUGUUCGAAACCUGAACGAGCGCAUUCUGCGGGAUGCCAGGGUCCACAUCAGCCUCCUGCCCCUGGGCGACGGCCUCACCUUAGCCUUCAAGAUCUAGGGCUGGCCCCUAGUGCGUGGCAUCAAGGGAGGGGCCCUGGGAACCCCAGCCAUUCCACACCUGCUUUGACUCGACAAUAAAGUGAG